AUGUCGACGGAACCGGAGCUGAUCGAGCUGCGAGAGCUGGCCCCGGGGCGGCGGGCCGAGCCGGGCCGGGGGCCGCGGAGCCCGGGCCGCCUGGAGCGGGCCAACGCGCUGCGCAUCGCCCCGGGCCGCGGUUGCCAAGUCCGCCUGCUGGGUGGCCACAGCGAUCCCCGGUUGACGGCGGGCCCGGGCCGCGGCCACUCUUUCCGCCCGUCGGGGCCCGCCACCCACACUUGGUGCGACUUCUGCGGGGACUUCAUCUGGGGCGUCAUCCGUAAGGGGCUGCAGUGCGCCCACUGCAAGUUCACGUGCCACUAUCGCUGCCGUGCCCUGAUCCGUCUGGACUGCUGUGGCUCCUGGGACCCGGGCUCUGAGCCUGCACUGGAGAGAGAUACCAAUGUGCCAAUCCAGCAAGAUGACUCCCAAGCCCCAGAGGAGAAGGAGAAGCCGGUCUUAUCGCAAAAAGAGAUUGAGCAGAAGAUCAAGGAGUACAACAGCCAGAUCAACAGUAACCUCUUCAUGAGCCUGAACAAAGAUGGCUCCUACACCGGCUUCAUUAAGGUGCAGCUGAAGUUGGUGCGCCCCGUUUCCGUGCCCGCCACCAAGAAGCCACCCACCCUGCAAGAUGCCAAGCGGCCAGCUGGGAAGAGCCAGGCUGUGAAGCGCCGCACCUCCUUCUACUUGCCCAAGGACACAGUCAAGCACCUGCACGUGCUCUCCCACACCCGAGCCCGGGAGGUCAUAGAGGCUCUGCUCCGCAAGUUCCUGGUGGUGGACAACCCCCGCAAGUUCGCCCUCUUUGAGCGGGCUGAGCGCCAUAAUCAGGUGUACCUGCGGAAGCUGGAGGAUGACGAGCAGCCCCUGCACUUGCGCCUACUGGCUGGGCCCAGUGACAAAACCCUGAGUUUUGUCCUGAAGGAGAAUGAGACAGGGGAAGUGAACUGGGAUGCCUUCAGCAUGCCAGAGCUACGUAACUUCCUGCGCAUCCUACAGCGGGAGGAGGAAGAGCAUGUGCGGCAGAUCCUGCAGAAGUACUCCCACUGUCGUCAAAAGAUGCAGGAGGCAUUGGGGGCCCGCCCCCUUGGAUGAGCCCUUCCUCCACCUCCACGUCAGGGUACCUUGCAGGCCUAAGGGGCCACCGGACCAGGCGGAUGGAGGACAGUACACUGGGGGGCGGGGGGGGCGCAGAGUGGGUGCCGGAUGAAUGUGGCAGGGCCUGAAGAGUGUGUGUGCGUGAGGACCACCCCAGACCCAGGGGAGCUGGCCAAGGGAGCCUAAGGAUCCUUGAGUGGAGACCAUGACUGCUGGCGGGGGAUGGCAGAGGUUAGCGGCCGUAGCGGGCUGCUUUUUCGAGACGCGUUCCUCGCCCCGGGUCUUGGGAAGUGACGUCGGCAUGGUGACAAAAUCUGGCCCCGGUAAACUAGAGGGGCAGGAGAAUGGAACUCCCUGGAUCUCACUGGAGUAGAUGCCAAGGCCGUGACAGAGUUUCGAGGGUAUGAACCCCUAGAAGGGCAGUCAGACUCCCCCAACCCACCACGGAUUCUCAAAACCCCUGGCGGUCUAGGGUGCGGGGAGGUUUCGCGAGAGAUGGAUGGGACUCAAGGAACCUGAGAUGGUUGCAGCCAGAAGAGGUGACGGGAGGCUAGACAUUUCCUUCCAGGAAUUGGCUGGGGCGGGGAUCAGGUUGGAAUCCCUCGGGAUAAUACAUGGUCUCAGGAGAACUCCUUUGGACAACAGGCCAGGGUUGGAGUGUCAUUAGGAACUCAAGGUAGGGAUUCAGGGCUUUUCUGGGUGCUCUGAUCAAGCACGACGGAUUACCCCAGGAGUGGGAUGGGGUUGCGUGGCUGAAGGUGCAGUUAAGGUGAAUGACAGGGUGAGGGAACCCCCUCCUGACAAGGGGCUUCAAUGCAACUGGUGAAUAUUGACCCUUCCUGCAGUUGCGGUGCUCUUAGGGAGUGGGGGUUGGCAGAGGGGAUUGCCCAGGAUGCCAACCGGAAUGAGGGUUUCCCUCAUGGUAGUUGUUGUGAUGACAUGUAAUGUGUGUAAUGUUUAUUGGUCUCAGCUGAAUGUCUUCCUGUGGGACGCAGCGAGUGUGGGGCCUAUAACCUAAGAAGUGUACUCUUGUACUCUCCCAAGCGCUUAGUAUAGUGCAUUGCACACAGUAA